UUUUCUAGUUUCAACCGAGAUCAAGGUUGUACAGAAGUAUUAAACUAAUGGUAAAAGGACCAUUAUGUAGAUAUCUAGACUUUCAAAGUUUUCUUGAGUUAACAAACCAUGAUGAACACUGAAGAAAGGAUGGCACAUUUGACAUUUCUUGUCUGGGUUAUCAGAACACCUUAAAAGGCUGACACUUAUAAUUCCAGCACUAAUUCAGAAUAAAAGUGAAAUGCACAAGACUUCACUGUGUUUUUACCUUUUUCCUCCUCUUAUGAUGCUUAGCAUUUGUGUCUCUAAUUACAAAGAUCCAGAGAACUGAAAUUCUGUGUCCAAUAUUAAGGCUCUAUAUAUCCUAUCCUAUAGCUCCAAAUAAAAAUGUUCAUACCUAUUUAUAAAUAAUUUGUAAGUUCUGUCAAUAACCUUCUCCAAGCUGUUUAUUGCAUAAGAUUCUAUUUUUUGCUGGAUCUGAGAAAAUAUUUAAAGAAGAAUAAGAAAGUAUAAAAUUCAAAGUCUGAACAUAUCAAGCACUCUCAAAGUUUUACAGUCUUGAGCAGUAUAGUUACAUUAUCUAUUUAAUAGAGUAAUAGAGUCUGAGGCACUGAUGGAUCUCUUAAAGGAAAUAUUUCUAAACAUUAGAGAAUAAAGUCAAAUUUGUCACUGUCAUUUCUUCCUCUCCACCCCUUAGGAAGCCAUGAAUGCGUCAGGAGUCAACAAAGUGACUGAAUUCAUACUCCUGAGUUUUCCCUGCUCUAGAGAGGUUCAGGUCCUCCUCUUUGUGCUGUUCUUUGUGUCCUACAUCCUGACACUGAUGGGGAACGGGGCCAUUGUCUGUGCAGUGAAGCUGGAUCACAGACUCCACACCCCCAUGUACACGCUGUUGGCCAACUUCUCAUUCCUAGAGAUCUGUUACGUCAACACCACCGUUCCCAAUAUGUUAAGGAACUUUCUCUCUGAGACCAAAACCAUCUCUUUCACUGCCUGCUUCCUCCAGUUUUACUUCUUCUUUUCCAUGGGCAUCACUGAGACCUUCUUACUGCCCCUCCUGGCUUUUGAUCGGUACCUGGCCAUCUGCCGACCUCUCCACUAUCCUACCAUCAUGAGCAGCCAUCUCUGCAUGAACUUGGUGGUCCUCUGCUGGGUAACAGCCUUCCUCUGCUAUCCAGUCCCUAUAUAUCUUAUCACACAACUUCCCUUUUGUGGCCCCAAUACCAUUGACCACUUUGUCUGUGACCCUGGUCCUUUACUGGCCCUCUCUUGCAUCCCUGCCCCUGGAAUUGAGCUCUCCUGUUCCAUAUUGAGCUCUCUUAUUAUCUUCAUCACUUUCUUCUUCAUCCUUGGGUCUUACACCCUGGUUCUCAGAGCAGUGUUGCGUGUCCCUUCAGCAGCUGGCAGACGUAAGGCCUUCUCCACCUGUGGUUCCCACCUGGCUGUAGUGUCUCUGUUCUAUGGAACUAUCAUGGUGAUGUACAUCAGCCCAACCUCUGGAAAUCCAGCUGGGAUACAGAAGAUUGUCACCUUGUUGUACUCAUCAGUGACGCCACUUGUAAACCCUCUGAUCUACAGUCUCCGGAACAAGGACAUGAAGGCUGCCUUGAGAAAAAUCCAGAUGUGCACAAAAAUUAGCCAAAGCAAAUGA